AAAGAUCCCCUGCAGUCUUUUCCCUACAGUUUCACAUCUAGUCAAAUAUAUUGACGACGAUUAAGCAUCCAGUUACCAAUUCCCAGCUGGAUUUUUGCCGUCCAUUUCUUGAUUACAUCGAGAAAUUAGUAAAAUACAAUUAUUUCGAGAAUUUAAGAACAGAUUACAGAAUUCUAAUCUCCCUUAAUUUUCCAAUUAAUCACUGUUACCUGAGAAACCAAAGCACUCAAACACCAGCACACCAGACACAGAAAUCAAAAUCAGUGACGCACAAGUACUAGUUGAAACUGUUUACUAUUUGAAUAGCAAUGGGAUUUUUUGUGGGUUUAGUAAUUGGAGUAGUUUUCGGGCUGGGAUUAAUUGUUGCUUUUGUUCGAUCUGAAAACGCUCGAUCCAAGCAACGCUCCGACCUUGCUACUACAGUUGCGGCAUUUGCUAGAAUGACGGUGGAAGAUUCUAGAAAGUUACUGUCACCGGAGUAUUACCCUUCAUGGGUUGUGUUCUCCCAGCGCCAGAAGUUGACUUGGCUCAAUCUUCAUCUUGAAAAAAUUUGGCCCUACGUCAAUGAGGCAGCGUCUGAGCUCAUAAAGGCAAAUGUAGAACCAAUCUUGGAGCAAUAUAGACCGGUGAUUUUGGCGUCUUUGACAUUUUCCAAGUUAACGCUUGGAACCGUAGCUCCUCAGUUCACAGGGGUUUCCAUUAUUGAAGAUGAAACUGAAGGUAUCACCAUGGAGUUAGAGAUGCAGUGGGAUGGAAACCCAAAUAUUGUACUUGAUAUUAAGACUUACCUUGGUGUUGCUCUCCCUGUGCAGCAAGGAAUAAAUAACUUAAUCAAGGAGCAUUCUUCUGAUUUUAUUAGUUUCUGUGUGCCUGUACUUUGUGGCAACUUCUGA